CAGAUCAGGGCUGCCAGUCGGCCUUCAGCAGACUUGACGCUCUGAUUUCCCUUCACUCACAAACAUCAGGUUCUGUUGAUCCACGAUGCAGGUUCUGUUCAGAGCGGCGCUGCUACUGCUGCUGCUGAGCACCAGUGCAGCUGAACACUGUGACAUGCCCGAGAAAGUGCAGCCACAGCAGAUGGACAAGAUUAUGGAGUCUCGCUGGGUUCUGGUGGAGGCCUUCUCAGACUACCCACAAGGUAUAGACUUAGUGAGGUACGCCAACAGCUCGGUGGUGGAGGUAGAGACGAGAAGCAACAACAAAACCUUCCUGUUGGUGGAGAGGAACGUUGUGGGUGGAAAAUGUCUCAUCUUUCGUCUCAACAUGACGAUUCCUGAUCCCGAGAAGUCCAACCACACCAUGGAGCUGGUCGAGCCCGGAACAAAGGAGUACGACGGCGUUGUUUCUGUGUACGACGAUCAGGGCCGAGCAGAUUUCUACCAGUCCUGUCCCGACUGUCUGCUAGGCAUCUACAGCGGCAUUUUUGAGGGGACACUAGGGAGGAUGCUGCUCUUCUACAGGAAAGAAGGGAAACACCAGGAUGCUGACAACCUGAAGGCGGCAGCAGUCGUCCAUAAGAAGAUGGCCGAGUGUCUGAAGUUUGAUGUCUCCACGUGGUUCACCUAUGAUGGGGCGGCAGAGUUUUGUGUUGACAAGAAGAAAGAAGCCUGAGACGAUGAUACGACUUCAUCAUUAUGUUUCUGUUUUAUCUCUUGAUUCAUUAAAAAAAAAAAUAAAUAAAAAAAAUACAGCAAA